GGGCAAUGAAUAAUCAAGUGUGUAAUACAACUAAAUCAACACCGUAUGAGCUUGUAUUUGGACAACAACCACAAGCUGAUUUACAAAUGAUUUCAAUGCUUUAUCGUCAAAAUAUUGUUCACGAAGAAGAUAUUCUAUUAGAAAACCAAUCCACAUUUAUUAAUGAUGAUUUAUCAAACAAUUAUGAGAAUAAUAGCGAUAGAAUAAUUGUAAUUGAGGAUAGCAAUAAUGAUAAUAAUUAUGAUCUCAAAUCUAAUAAUGAUAGUAUAAUUGACAACAAAAUGAAUAUAUCACGAGAUUAUAGUAUGAUUGAGGAAUAUACUGAUACCGAUACUGAUUCAUUAUAUCGGUAUAAUUCUAUAGAUUUAAAAAAUGAUAACUAUGAUCUUUUAUUGGAUGAAACAUUUCAAGAAAACUAUAAAUCAAAUGAUAAUUUAUCCCAAACUGACACCGUUCUUGAAGGUUUAACUCAAGAAAGUACUAAUUCAUUGUUUAAAGAAUCUCUACAAGCAAGUAGUUCUUAUAUUUUAAUUGAUGAUUCAGAUCAUGAAAUAGAAAGUCAUAUGUCAAUUGAUAAUCAAUCACAUUCAAGCC